AUGGCCUCCCCCCAAUCUCCCACUUCUCCCAAGCGGAGUCGUGGAUUCACCAACAGAUCAGAAACGUCGGAGCGAUCGGGAUCAACCUCACAUAAACGUGGACCCUCCGAGUCAUCAGAAGAAAAGGCCCGUCGCAAUCUCCACACCAAAGCAGAUCCUCUGGUCGCCAUGAACGAACUUCAGCCUAUGGCCGUGGCGCUGGAAAAGUCGAAUCUGGGUUCGCUACGUGAUAUCCAGCAUAAGGAUCAGUUUGGAAAUAUCAUCACCGAUCCCGACCUGUCAAACCCCACUCGCCCACGUUUGGAGCGCCCUUUGGAUACCAUUCGAUCGUUCGAGGCAGCAAUCUACGGGUCUUACAGUAAUCGUGCGUCGUACGCCAGAACAGAAGAUGCUGCGUCACAGAUGGGCGAUUACAGCCGACGAACAAGCUACUACGGAGGUCAAAACGGAACCUCAGCCAGAAAUUACGACCAGAACAAUCACUACGGCCAACCCUCAUCCCGACCAGACAGUAUCGUAAACGCCUACCAAAAUACACCUCAAACGGCAGAAGGCGCCCGCACCAAUCCCGCGGGUCCCCCUCCCCCUCUCUCCCCAGCCGACGGCUACUCAAACAUCGCCAACAACGUCAACAACGCGCAAUACGGCUAUCCCCAGGGCCACGGCUACCAGCGCUCAGCUGAUAACGUACUCGCGCCGUCAAACGGGUCCGGCGGUUCAGAUCCAUACGGACAAUCCACAGACCCCAGCUCGCUAAGCAGCUCCAACGACCAACUGCAACAGCAAUACCUGCAGCAACAGCGGCUGGACGAGCGUGCGCAAGCCGACUACGGAUACAACGGAUACGCCUCCAAAGGUGCCCAGCACGUGGGUGACCCGAGUAUUGGCGGGCCUGUCGGAGGGAUCCCUCCUUCGGGCGCUGCCGCUGCGUGGGCGGCUCCGGCUGUGCGUAAUGCGCAUGCUCCUGCUCCGCCGUCCAAAGACGAUAAGAGGAAGAGCUGGUUCAAGCGCCGGUUUAGCAAGGAUUGA